AUGACUCAUUGCUCCAACUUUGGGUCCAAAGAUCCCAUCAAGUCCUCCCAUUUUGUCAAGACCGUGGAUCUGUCCAUCAAGAACACGUGGCACUUGAUGACGUUACUUCGGCCUUCAAAGUGGAUCAAGGCCAUGGUAUCCUUCUUCUAUGACGAGAGAAUCCCCAUGGACGUCGAUACCCCCUGUGGAGUUCUUGUUCUGGCCCGAUCUUACGAUAUUCCGCUUCAGGGCUCUCUGGCGAUCUAA